AUGGCGGGAACGAAUCCGGGCGCAACGUUUGCGCCUAGCGCCUAUUCCAACGCUCUUGUACCUGGAAAGCCUCGCGACUCGGCGAAUCUGAUCCAGCAGCGCCUCCGCAAAGCAAAGCUCUUCAACGAGGAACUUGCAGACUACUUUGCCGCUCGUCGUGAGCUCGAAGAGACGUACCUCAAGCAGCUCCAAAAGAUCUCUAAACGCAACUUCCUCUCCGAUCCCUCCUCGAUCCCUCCCGGCUAUGCACCCGUCUACGAGCGCCUAGUACAGGAAUUGGCAGAGGUCGCCAGCGCCCACGGCGAGUUGGAGAGGCGUAUCGCCGAUGAAUGCGAGGCACCCAUCCGCAAUGCCAGCUCCAAGGGUGAAUGGAGCCGCAUCAAGGACCACGACGACUCGAUCGCCAACACACUGCGUGAGCUCAACACGCUCGAAUCGCAACUCCAGAAAGAUACCAAGAAGCUCGAAGCCGCCUCAUCCAAAAAGGCGUCGCAGGCAAAUGCAAAAGUACAGGAGACCGAGCGUUCCAUAGCGCAGACCAUGGAGAUCUGGGAGACAGAGGCUCCCUUUGCCUUUGAAGCUUACCAACGCAUCGACGCGCAACGGCUUGAGCUGCUCAAGGAGACCGUUGCCAAAUUCGAGACCGCGCAGAGCGAUGCUGCACAGCGCAUCAUGUCGAGCUCCGAAAAGACCAUGCAGGAGUGCCUCGGCUUCGACACACAAGCCGACAUGCAGGACUUUAUCCUUAAAAACGGCGCGACUUCUUCCACCGCUCGCAACGGCAGGUCAUCCACCUCGCGUCCCUCCGCUGCUGCCGCGGCACCGGCGGCUCUCAACCGCUCAUCUUCCAUCGCCGGUCGCAGCAUCAGCAGUCGCACUGGGGCUGACACCUCGGCGCGUGGUGGCAGUCGGUCCAAUGGUGCCGGCAUGGGUGAGUUUGGCGCAUCAACCGCAUCCAUCCACUCGGCCGAUCGCACCAUGGGCAGCACCCAAGACGGCACGACCACCAAGUCAGCCGGCUCGACGCUCAAGAAUGCUUUCAGUCGUUUCGGCCGUGGACGCUCCAACAAGGAUUCGGCCAACACCCAGACCGUCUAUGGCGAUCUUCCCGACGACCAUACCGACUCGUCCUUCUCUUCGACGAUCAACCGGAGCGGAACUCUUCGACAGAACUCUACAGCAGCAGGCGCAGGCUCGUCAUCCCGCGACGCCGGCGCUCUGACUGCCGGUGGCGAUGAUUCGAUCGACUCGAUGGCUCCUGGCUUGGGCGGAGGCCUGAUGGCGCCGCUCACUCCCUCGACAGCGCCGGCCAAGAAGACCUCUGCGAACACGCCAUCCGUCAACCUUCCCUCUUCCUCGACUGCUGCGCCUCUUGUCGACUCGGAGGGAUACUCGAUUCCACCACCAGAUCGCAAGCCUUGGGAGACGGCUGGUCUCGGCGGAACAGCUGUCGGUGCCGUCGGCGCCGGCACUGUCGCUGGAUCUUCUCUGUUGGACGACGAGGAUCAGGAGGCCUCGCGAGACACGUUCGACAGCUCGCUCAACAACCGCGUCAGCACCAUGAACAUCAGCAGUCAGCCUAUCACCGAAGAUGCGUCCAGAGACAAGGCCGCCCUCGAACGUAUGAAGUCGACCCUUCUUACCAGCGGGCCUCCUUCCCGACGUGGCACCACCCGUCGCGAUCGCAGAGACGUACGCAACACGACCUACAACCCUGCUUUUGGAAGUGUCGGCUCGAGUGGUGGUGGUGACGACAGCAGCAGCCGGCUCAGUCAGUUUGGAGCGCUGACCACCUCGCCGCAGACGAGCGUGCCCGGAUCUCCUUCGCCGUUCGGCACGCAGAGCACGUUCACCGGCACGCCAGGCGUCGGAAAACACCGCACGCAGAGCAUCGCCUCGGUUGCUUCGUCCACCACCAACAACAACCCCUUCGAGAACAGCUCUACCUCUUCGCCCGUCAAGGCGAGCUUGACCGAGCGCGUCAACGUCAUCUUUGUCGGACGGGAGAUUGCCAAGGUCAUGGUGGUGGGUGAGCUCAGUGUGGCUGUCGGAUCGAGUUUGGCGGGUGCUGUUAAGCCACUGCAUAUUCGGAUUGAUGCGUUCGAGCAACUCGAAAAAGCGGCUCCGAAUCCGGCGUUCCUCAAAGCGGUGCCGGGCGGGACGAAUCCGGGCGAGUAUCUGUUGGAUGUGAAGGCGUUGCUCGAACAGGGGGCGGGGAGUGGAUUGCCGGGUAGUGGGUCGCAAGCGGUGGUUCUCAAGUAUCAGGUGCACAUCUCCGAGGCUCGCAAAGCCGAGUACGUACCGCUCUCGCUCCAUGCGCAGUGGAGGUGUGAACCUCAUCAAACGUCGCUACUCAUGACGUACACUCCCAACGCCAGCUGUCGACUCUCCUCCGUCACCGACGCACCCGCUAUGAUCCAAGACCUGCAAUUCGCCGUCCAAGUUCAACCCUCCACCGUCAGCAACAUCAUGUCGAAACCAACGGCGACGUUUGUCGCUGAAACAAAGUCGUUGUUCUGGAAGAUCAACGAAGGGCUUUCGAUCUCGGAGAGCGAGGUGCACAAGUUGCUGGCGAGGUGUCAGAUUCAAGGUGGACAGACGGUGCCGAGUGCCGUGCAUCUCAAGUGGAGGAUUGUGGGUAGGACGAUAUCGAAUUUGGGCGUGACGACGGUGGAAGAGGCGGGGUCGGAUGGGGUGAGGAUUGAGGAGGUGGUGAGGAUGUGCACUGCUGGCAAGUUUAUUGCUUCUCCGUAA